CAUCGAGUAAAUGAUUAAAAAAUAUUUAAAAUAUUGUUAAUAAUUAGUGCAGUGAUAAAAGAAGGGAAAAAUGUCCCGCGCCAUGUGUCCGAUAUGGCCGCUUCACAUCGUGAUCCUGUACAUCCUGGCGUUAUGCCCCAUCUGGGUGAUGUGUCAGUCAGUGCCGAACCUCCUCGCCACAUUCGACCCCAACAAUCUAACACUCCACAUGAAUUAUUAUGAAUUUAUCGACGUUGAAGUUAAAGGUGAUGGGUUACAGCCAGCCGAUGAGUUUCAGCUCAAAUCGAGGAAUCACCACGUAGCGUAUGGAGAUUGGAAUUCAACGUUUAGAGUGGACGAGGCUGCGCCCAAUUGGAAGGGACGGUUUCAAGUCACAGCUGAGUUUCUUGGUCGCACGGAUUUAUACCUGGAAGUGAAGCGUGGUACCACAGAGUUCCCAGUGAAUGGCACUCUGCCCGUCACAGUGUUAAGACCACAGCGCGUCAUUGACACUAUAUUCACCACCAGUGUUGCCUUAUUCGUGUCGUUAAUAUUUAUAAACUUCGGUUGUGCGAUGGACUGGCCGACGGUGAAGGAGGUGGUGCGUAGACCUAUCGGCCCGCUUAUCGGAUUGUGCGGACAGUUCGUUUUUAUGCCAUUGAUGUGUUUCGGUCUUGGUUUCCUGAUAUGCCCGACAUUACCGGAGAUGCACUUGGGCAUGUUCUGUACGGGAGUGGCGCCCGGGGGAGGGGCCUCCAAUAUUUGGACCUUCGUGCUCGGAGGGAACCUCAAUCUAUCCCUCGCUAUGACCACUAUCUCGACACUCUCCGCUUUCGGGUUCAUGCCUCUCUGGUUAUUCUCAUUGGGGCAGUUAUUAUUCCGUAACGCGAACAUGGCGGUCCCUUACCAACAUAUUGCUAUGUUCGUGGUGGGGCUUAUAGUACCCCUGGCUAUCGGCCUCGCUAUGCAGAAGUUCACUCCAAGACUGUCAGCGUUUAUGGUGCGGAUAUUGAAAGGAUUCUCAACAAUAUUGCUGCUUUUCAUCAUUAUUUUCGCUAUUGUCACCAAUUUGUACAUCUUCGAGCUGUUCACGUGGGAGAUAAUAGUAGCGGGUAUGGGUGUACCGUGGUUGGGGUACAUAUUCGGGUACACAGCGGGUCGCAUCUGUCGGCAGCCGCACCCGGACGCACUCGCCAUCUCUAUAGAGACGGGUAUUACUAACACUGGUAUCGCUAUAUUCCUUUUGCGGUACACAUUGCCGCAGCCCGAAGCUGAUCUUACCACUGUGGUGCCGGUGUCAGUGGCGAUAAUGACGCCAUUCCCAAUGAUGGCAAUAUAUGUAUACCAGAAAAUAAAAGCUUGUAUGGGAGUAUCAAAAAUCGAAGAGAGCCAAAGAAAAUCCUCGAAGAGAGUAACA